CAUCUGAACCAGGUAAAUUUCCAUCCAUGCCUGGCCAGCUUUUAGCAUUCGUCAAGUAUUGUGCUCAACUAAGUACUACUCACAAGUUCUCUUAAGGGCUAAGGAGCAUAAACAUAUCCAACCACCGGUAAACUCUUGUUGUAUUGAGCAGUCUUCCUAGCAUCAUACCUUGCCCAAUUUCUAAAACUAUCUGUCCUCCAGGAUCCUCUACCCUUCUGACUGAGGGUGGGGCAGCACCAGAGAUUCAACUGUACCUCACAAAACCUGAUUCUGGAUCAACCUAAAAUUUCACCGCGUCAGGGCCCUUUAAUGACAGAGGAAAAAGCUAUUUCUAGCCUUCAUGGAUCCCAAUAUGGCUACUAGAAUUAUGUCAAAACUAGACAGGCUCUCCCAAGAUGGUGUUUGGAGCCCAUUUCAGAGGUGUCCUAGGUUUAGCUUUCUGUAGUGCUAAAGAAACGCAGCGGUCAUGUCACUACUCUGUUUACACAAGAAGAAAAAUUGAUCAUAGCGCAGCUGACCUGACAAAGCAAUACCAAUCCUCCUCAAGUACAGAAGUGGCCACCCCUAUUCACCUAUUCCUCCUGGCAGAUCCCAGGCUUGCUGACAUAUCACUGUUCAUCCUUUUUUUAUACAGGUCAAAAUUUUUAAGUAUUUGAAUAUUAUGGAUUACAUGAAUCAUACUUCUCCUCUUCAGUUUAUCCUUAUUGGACUGUCCACAAAUAAUUAUCUACAGAGUGUAUAUUUUAUUCUAUUUUUAAUAAUGUACAUAGCCACAGUUGUAGGUAAUGCCCUUAUCAUCAUAGUGGUCAGAGUUGACAGCAGACUUCAUACCCCAAUGUACUUUUUCCUUAGUAACCUUUCAUUCAUUGACCUCUGCUUUUCUUCCACCAUUGUGCCAAAACUCUUAGUCAUUACCUUAACCAAAGACAAGAGUAUUUCUUUUCUAGGCUGCGCAACCCAAAUGUAUUUCCACUUGGGUUUAGGAGGAACUGAAUGUGUCAUUUUGUCCAUCAUGGCUUUUGAUAGGUAUGUGGCCAUCUGCAAUCCAUUACGGUACAGCACUAUAAUGACCAAGCAGAUCUGUGCUCAACUGGCAGUUGGCACAUGGUGCGCCAAUUUUCUGAACUCCAUCUCUUAUGCUUUCUUUACUUUCCAGCUGCCAUACUGUCGGUCAAAUCAUGUUGACCACUACUUUUGUGAAAUGCCCCCUCUCUUCCGGUUGUCUUGCAAAGAUACUUUAAUGAACGAAAUAGCUGUAUAUGUUUCCGGGGGACUUGUUGCCAUUUGUGCUUUUGCUCUGACGCUUAUGUCUUAUGGUCAAAUUAUUUCCACCGUCCUGAAGAUUCAGUCCACUGAAGGAAGACACAAAGCUUUCUCUACUUGUGCCUCGCACCUUGCUGUAGUUUGCCUAUACUAUGGGGCCAUUUCCUUCAUGUACAUGAGACCUCGAAACAGCUACUCACCAAACAAAGACAGGGCAGUGUCAAUACUCUAUACAGUAGUGACUCCAAUGGUGAACCCCAUAAUUUAUAGCAUAAGGAACAAGGAGGUCAAAGGAAGUUUGAAAAGAAUGAUCCUAACAAAAAUAAAGUCUUAG